GCAACCCCGAGAAUCGGUUUCUAAUCCAAUGCAAGCCUCCUCUGUCACAUUUGUCACCUACUAAUAACGUGCAUGUAGAAGAUCGACAAAUUGAUGCUGAAAACGUUAGUGAUUCUAAUUUUUCUGAUGAAUUCGCAAGUGACGAGUGCGACAGCGAUGAAUCUCAUUCCGAAGAGGAUUCAACCCAGCAGGUUUUAACAUUCAGUAUGUUGUAGAAAAUGAAACGGAAGAGAAAGAGAAAUCGAGAGCAUAGAGUUGAUCCAUUGUGGCAAGGAAGAAGUGUGUUUGGUGCUUACGCGAGUUUGGUAUGUGAGAUGGCAUUAUGCAAUCAUGUAAUGUUCCGCAAAUACACCAGGAUGAGUGUAACUUCAUUUGAAAAACUGCUUCUUAAAGUUGGUAAUCAACUUGUUAGUACACCGACCAGACCGGAUAUUUUAAAGCCUUCAGAAAAAUUAAUAGUCACUCUAAGAUAUCUUGCAACAGGAGAAUCGUUUACGUCUCUUACCUUUCAAUUUAGAAUGGGUAUUACAACAAUUCAAAAGCUGGUUCAGGAAAGCAUGAAAAUUUUAUGGAAAACUCUCCAACCAGAUGUGUUGAAAUUUCCUUCCACUGAGGAAGAGUGGAUGAAAAUAAUAAAAGACUUCGAUGAUUUGUGGCAGUUUCCAAACUGCUUUGGAGCUAUGGAUGGAAAGCACAUUAUGAUGCAAGCGCAACCAAACACUGGCUCAGAUUGUUACAACUACAAAGAAUUUCACAGCAUUAUACUAUUAGCAAUGUGUGAUGCAACGUAUAAUUUUACUUACGUAGACGUGGGUGGCAAAGGAAGACAGAGCGAUAGUGGCGUUUUGAAAAAUACAGAUUUAUAUGAAAAACUCGCAAAUGACUCAUUGAAUCUACCUCCAGCAUCUUUUCUUCAUGAUAAUGGACCAAGAGUUCCUCAAGUUUUUCUGGGAGAUGCAGCUUUUAGUAACACCGAUUAUUGUCUGUGCCCAUUUAAAGGGGCAGGAAAAGGAAAUCUUGAAAAGGAUAAAAUGAUAUUUAAUUACAGGCGAGAAGAGCAAUUGAGAAUGCGUUUGGAAUAUUAGUUGCUCUAUGGAGAAUAUUUAGAGGACU